CGCACGGGGGCUCCGCCGCCCGCCCCGCCGCGAUGCCCCGCCGCUGCUGAGCCGCCGCCCGCUCCGCUGCCCGCCAGGUUGAGGAUGUUCGGGACCCGUCUGGUGGAAGCGGCCAUGUCGCGAGUAACUCCCACACACGCCUCCCCAGGGAGGAGCUUCCCUCUGCUGAGCCUUGUCCUGGUGCUGCUCCUCCAUGCAGGGGCCACGCGUGCCGAGAGCCCCAGUGAACUGCCCGCCAACGACACCGAGGAGUGCGCUGGCUCCUACAUCUGCAAGAAGGGAGUGAUUUUACCAAUAUGGGAACCCCAGGACCCCUCGUUUGGGGACAAAAUCGCUCGGGCGACGGUGUACUUUGUAGCCAUGGUGUACAUGUUCCUGGGAGUGUCCAUCAUAGCCGACCGCUUCAUGUCCUCCAUCGAAGUCAUUACGUCCCAAGAGCGGGAAAUAACCAUCAAGAAGCCCAACGGCGAGACCAGCAAAACUACUGUGAGGAUCUGGAACGAGACUGUUUCCAACCUCACACUCAUGGCCUUGGGCUCUUCUGCUCCGGAGAUCCUCCUGUCUGUCAUCGAGGUGUGCGGCCAUGGCUUCACGGCGGGGGACCUGGGGCCGAGCACGAUCGUGGGGAGUGCUGCCUUCAACAUGUUUGUCAUCAUUGCAAUCUGUGUGUACGUGGUGCCAGAUGGAGAGAUAAGGAAGAUCAAGCACUUGCGAGUGUUUUUUGUUACAGCGGCCUGGAGCAUCUUUGCCUACACUUGGCUUUACAUUAUUUUAUCUGUGUCUUCUCCUGGGAUUGUGGAGGUUUGGGAAGGCUUGCUCACCUUCUUCUUCUUCCCCAUCUGUGUGGUGUUUGCCUGGAUAGCUGACAGGAGGCUUUUAUUUUACAAGUACGUCUACAAGAAAUACCGAGCCGGCAAGCAGAGAGGCAUGAUCAUUGAGCACGAGGGUGACCGGCCCUCCUCCAAGGCCGACAUCGAGAUGGACGGAAAGGUUGCUAAUUCUCACGUGGAGAACUUUUUGGAUGGGACACUGGUGUUGGAGGUGGACGAGAAAGACCAGGAUGACGAGGAAGCCAGGAGGGAAAUGGCUCGGAUCCUGAAGGAGCUGAAACAAAAGCACCCAGACAAGGAAAUUGAGCAGCUCAUAGAGCUGGCCAACUACCAGGUCCUGAGCCAGCAGCAGAAGAGCAGGGCCUUCUACCGCAUCCAGGCCACCCGGCUCAUGACCGGCGCCGGCAACAUCCUGAAGAGACACGCCGCAGACCAGGCCCGCAAGGCUGUCAGCAUGCACGAGGUCAACAGCGAGGUGACCGAAAACGAUCCCAUCAGCAAGCUCUACUUCGAGCAGGGCACCUACCAGUGCCUGGAGAACUGCGGCACUGUGGCCCUGACCAUCGUCCGCCGGGGAGGAGACCUGACCAACACAGUGUACGUCGACUUCCGGACAGAGGACGGCACGGCCAACGCCGGCUCUGACUACGAGUUCACUGAGGGGACGGUGGUCUUCAAGCCCGGAGAGACCCAGAAGGAAAUCCGCGUUGGCAUCAUCGACGACGACAUAUUUGAGGAGGAUGAGAACUUCCUGGUCCAUCUCAGCAACGUCCGUGUGAGCACCGAGGCCUCAGAUGAGGGCGUUCUUGAGGCCAGCCGUGUCUCAACACUCGCCUGCUUGGGAUCACCAUCUACUGCCACCGUCACCAUUUUUGACGAUGACCACGCCGGCAUCUUCACCUUCGAGGAGCCAGUAACACACAUCAGUGAAAGCGUAGGAACCAUGGAAGUGAAAGUGUUGCGAACCUCUGGAGCACGAGGAAAUGUUAUUGUGCCCUACAAAACCAUUGAAGGCACGGCCAAAGGUGGAGGGGAGGACUUUGAAGACACCUGCGGGGAGCUGGAGUUCCAGAAUGAUGAGAUAGUCAAAACGAUAUCAAUCAAGGUGAUAGAUGAUGAGGAGUAUGAGAAAAACAAGACCUUCUACCUAGAGAUCGGGGAGCCCCGGCUGGUGGAGAUGAGUGAGAAGAAAGGUGGCUUCACCAUCACAGAGGAGAAUGAGGAAAAGCAGCCCCUGACCAGCAAGGAGGAGGAAGAGCGUCGGAUCGCAGAGAUGGGGCGCCCAGUCCUGGGGGAGCACACCAAACUCGAGAUCAUCAUUGAGGAAUCCUAUGAGUUCAAGAACACGGUGGACAAGCUCAUUAAGAAGACGAACCUGGCCCUGGUGGUUGGCACAAACAGCUGGAGGGAGCAGUUUAUUGAGGCCAUUACUGUCAGCGCGGGGGAAGACGACGAUGACGAUGAAUGUGGGGAGGAGAAGCUGCCCUCCUGCUUUGACUACGUGAUGCACUUUCUGACCGUCUUCUGGAAGGUCCUUUUUGCCUUCGUGCCCCCGACAGACUACUGGAAUGGCUGGGCUUGCUUCGUUGUCUCCAUCCUCAUGAUUGGCCUCCUGACAGCCUUCAUUGGCGACCUGGCAUCCCACUUUGGCUGCACCAUUGGCCUGAAGGACUCGGUCACUGCCGUCGUGUUUGUCGCCCUGGGGACAUCGGUGCCAGACACAUUUGCCAGCAAAGUAGCAGCAACGCAGGACCAGUACGCAGACGCGUCCAUCGGGAACGUCACCGGGAGCAACGCCGUGAACGUUUUCCUGGGCAUCGGGGUGGCCUGGUCCAUCGCGGCCAUCUACCACGCGGCGCACGGACAAGCCUUCCAAGUGUCCCCUGGCACACUGGCCUUCUCUGUCACCCUCUUCACCAUUUUUGCUUUUAUCAGUGUGGGAGUGCUGCUCUACCGGCGGAGACCCGAGAUCGGAGGUGAGCUGGGCGGGCCGCGGACUUCCAAGCUGCUCACAUCCUCACUCUUUAUCCUCCUCUGGCUCUUGUACAUAUUCUUCUCAUCUCUGGAAGCCUACUGCCACAUAAAGGGCUUCUAAAGGGACAAUCAGAGAUAGUAAAUAUGUGUAUAUCUAUAUAUAUCUAUAUAGAGUGAUAUAUAGGUAUAGAUAUAGAUAUAAAGCUGUGUAUAAUGAACAGAGAAAGAAUAAAAGAGAUUUGCCAUGUUCACACACCUGCUGAUGGAAAGCGGCUUUGGAGCAUCCUUUGAACUAGGCAGGACCCCAAAGCCAGCAGGACCCCUCCCCAGGCAGUGGCCCCAGCCAGGAGCCAGGGGCAGGGCCCUGUCUGCAGCUCGACCAACAGGAGCGGCCGAUGGCCACCGAGCCCCAUCCAUGGCUGACUCCCACCCGCUGGCCCCAGGAAGAUGGGUGAGAAGGCGACCGGGGCGCACCGGUGUGAGCAAGGCCAGAGUAGCUGGUGAGAAACAGAGCAGUGGGCAAGGGAAGGAGAGGAGAGCAAGGGUUCUGAUCUCCCACCGCAUCCAGCUGCCUUCGCCACCCGGGAACAGGCCCUCUGGCCCUGCUGGAGAGGAGCGAGAGACCGAACUGAAGACAAGGGGAAACUGGGAGCUUUCUAAGGAUAGAACACAAACCGUUUUCGUCAUUGCUUUGGGGUUGGUUUUUUUGUUUCGUUCUGGCGUGUGUACAACUAGCAUUUCCCACCCACAUGCCCCUCACCUUUCCCUGUCCAUGCUUUGGGGGUGCACAGCCGCAGCCUCGUGUCCCGUGUCCCAAGCCGAGGCCGCGCGGAGCGGCGGGAGCCUUCCUCCCACUCCUCCGCCUCCUCGGGCAUGCUGUCGUGGUACUUGUAACAUUUGCAUGAAUGAAAUGAAAUCUAUCUGUAUAUAGCAUCCUAUAGCGAUAGUCCUUCCAACCAUGUGGGUUGAGCAUUGCAGAUUACAAGCGUUUUCUUUUCACUGGGUUUUAUUUAUUUUUAGUUAGUUCGGUUUUGCCAUAGGGUUUUGCUCGUUUGUUUGUUUGUUUCCUCUUAGCGGGGGUGGAAAGGAUGGAAAGCUGUCCCCACUCACUGCUCGCGGCAUGGCUCCAUGAGAAGCAAUAACAGCCAUGCAGUUGUAGGUUUUCAGGGGAGGAAAACCCACACCCCAGAGCCUUCAGGGGUGUCCAGGGAUGUCCUUCAGGCUCUGUCCAGCUGAUGUGCUGAAGCCAGUGUGAGGCCUCCUCUGCCCACAGGAGGUGUUACACAGGGUCCCAGGGCGUGGGGUGAGCAGUCUGAGGGGAGCAAGCUUGGCUGACUCCCAGCACCCCACAUGCUUCUGCCUUUUGAGUCAGUGGCUGCCUCAAAGCCCUUGGCCCCCUGCUAUUGCCUGUACCCCCAGAGGUGUAGUGACAGCCCCUGAGUGUUAAGCCAUCAGGACCGGUCCCCAAAGCUGGUCCUUCCCCACAGCCAUUUGGAGGCAGGGCUGAAGGGCCGUACGAGAUCUCCUACUCCACUGAGCGUGACCAGGACGCAUCCCCCAGGAAAAGGUCGUGUUUUGCACUCUCCAAAUCCCAAGUCACUGGACAGGAUGAGACAGGGAGGUGUGACUCUGUGACUCAGCAUCACCCCCUGGUGCCAGGAGUGCAGGCUGGGAUUGAGAGCUGAGCCAGGGAAAUGUGGGUGUAGAGCUCCCCAGGGCGCAGACACUGGGCACUGGUGUUGAGAGAUGUCUCCUGACCCACUGCCCUUUGCCAGGCUUCCUGACAUUCCAGCCAGGCAAACUCCCAGCCUGCAUGCCCAUGGUGAGCUCUUCCCACUCAGCUGAAAACCAUGUCUGAUGCUUGUACCAUAACCAGCUGGCUGGGGGUAUUUGUACUCAUCUUGAACUAUCUGUGGAAAUUUUAAUUAACCUGCUGUAAGAUUUUCUCUAGGAAUAUGAAGUUGUGGUUUUUGGGUUUUUUUUCUUCUCGAGCCUUUUUUCACUUUUGAUUUGUUUUGGGGUUUUUCUUUUUUGUUUCUCAUUGUUUUGGGGGAAAAAUCAAACACAGGUGCAGGUUGUUCAGGUUUAUGAUUACCUUUAUGUACAAUGAUUUCAUUUUCAUCUGUUUGGCUUCAUUUUUUUUUGUGUGUGUAUUGCCCACCACUAUAGGCAGUGAGUCCACUAAUUGUGAUGAUCCUUAUCAAUGGUACACAAUGCACAGAGAAAUAAAGUUUGUAAUGAUUCCUGAUGGA